AUGAACGGAAGCCUUGAAAAUCAUAUUUCCGGCAAUAUUGUUGUUAUCUGCGCCUUGUUGGCUACCGCUGCCACCGCCCAACGUCAUGGCCAUGGUCAUGGACACGGUUUCGGCAACUCCAACCGUGGUGUUAGCAAAUCCAGUGAUGAUGUUCAUGCUGAAAUCGUUUCUGCCGAUUCUGAUGUACGUGCCGAUGGUUUCGAUUACCAUUUGGAAACCACCAAUGCCAUCAGUGCCAAGGCCAGCGGUGAUGCUUACGGUAAUGUCCACGGUGACUUCCAAUGGAUCUCUCCUGAAGGCGAACACGUUGCUGUUAGCUAUGUUGCCGAUGAAAACGGUUACCAACCCAACAGUGAUGUUUUGCCCACUCCCCACCCCAUCCCAGAAGCCAUCUUGAAAUCUUUGGAAUACAUCCGCACUCACCCACCCAAAGAAGAAACCCACCGCGGUUUCGGUCGUAGAUUCUAAGAACAUUUUAGUUUAGUGGCUUCAUGAAUCCCUUUUUUUGUUUGAAAUUUUUGUUAAAGGAUUUCUUUGAAGUUGAAAAAUAAAUGAUUUGUUUUUAAA